CCGCCACACGCAACACUGACACCAUCACUUCUCACUCACUCACUUUCCCUCCACCCCAUGCUGACCAUGUAGCUUGUCUGCUUUCCUUCUUCUUGCUGUUGUCGUUGUUGCUAUCGUUGUUGUUGAAUCCAUCCAUCAGCUGGAACAAUGAAAAGCAUGGAGCGUCUUCCUUCAGGCUUGCUGUCGACAGUGACCAAAGAGGUGUCGGCCGAUCUGACCGGGACUGAUGCAGUGGAGGUUGCGGAUGUUGCGCGGUUGUGGAAAGGUGAGCCUGGUCGCACCUUCCCUCACAACCUGUGGAUGUGACUUACGCUGUUCGGUGGUAUCCUUAGUCUAUAGCGCCAACCCGUCGGUGCAUAAUGACGACAAAGGAUAUCGACUGGAGAACUUCUUCUGGAGGAUCUGGGGUAAUCGGCAUCUGCUGGACUCAUUGACUGGAUCCACGCUGGCCGACCUGUUCUCCAGAAUCUCAGACCAGCGUUCCAUCUCCCUAGUGGAGCUACACAAGGCCCAGAAGCGAGCAGCCCAGGCGAACAAACCACGCAAGCCGAGCAGUGGCAGCGGCAAACCACUGCCCCCGAUUCUGAAGAAGCCCAGUAGCAGUCACUCUCACGGAGAGAACCACAAAACCACGCGCAUCUUACUGACGGCCCCGGACGGUCAAAGCACGACUCGCAAACCUUCCAACACACCCACGCCCAUCCCCCCAACUCCAUUGAUUGUGCCAGAGCCUGCCUCCAGAGUCCCGCAGAAGAAAACCUUCGCGGUGACAGCCAAGGCCAGAGGUGCCAAGCGUCGACCAGUCAUCAUGCGUCGCAAGUCAUCCCAGCACUCGGCUCAGGACCCUGCUCCAUUGAUGACCGACUAUCCGGAAACUCGACCGGUUCUCAUGCGACGUAAAUCAUCUCAGCAGUCGUCCGGUACCACCAGCAGUUCAGUUUUCGAGGAGAGUCCACCGUUGGACCCAGUUCUACUGGCUGCAGAACCGGUUCAACCCAAGCCUGCAACUACAUCUCGCAGAUCCUCAAAACACUCCUCUGCCACUAGUGGUGUUUCGACUGAAAUCUUGACCCCGCAGCAUGACUCUGUUCCAUCUAUCGUGCAACCUGCCGAAUCUCGGAAGGCCGUGCACCGUGAAUCUUCACAGCCGUUGUCUAGAAUCACUAGUAGCUCUGUCACGCCAGAGUCUGCUGCACUAACUUUUGAAUCUUCUCAGAUCCAACUCAAGCAGAGUGAGAUCAAGGUGUCCGAGACUGUGGAAGAGGUUGCUAUAUCCCCUGAGGAUACCAGCCAAGGCCUGUCCAACGAAGUCGAAACCCAGUCGGAGACACCUGGUGCUGCAAUUCAUCAAGGCGAUCAGCCCAGAUGCGGCAGUCUGCCCGCCACAUUCGUCGAAGACCUGGGGGAGCUGUUGAAUAUGGAGAAUAACCCUAGAGUGCCGUCACCGCCACCGCAGAAGCAUCCCGGGGGCGACUUCCUGGCCAAGCCGCCCACCCCAAAGCCCAACUUCUUCGUGCCCUGUGCUAUUCGGCGCUAUGAUUACCGACACCUGGAAGCCAAGAACUACCAGCCACCUCCGCCGAAACUGGUUGACAAGGACUUUCGCCAACGGUUCACGGACAGUGUUCGUCAGGAGCAUUUCCUUGCGUCGUCUCUCAGCGCCAGCUUUGGGUCUCAGUCAGCGGGCUCACUAAAACCAGACUCCAGCGGCACGGCCAGCAACGCGAGCCCAUCUCAUCAAAUCAAAAUCUUGCACGGUAAUGCUUUUACGGCUACGAGCUCUGGUGUCACUGUAGAGACCGUGUCUGAGGAUGACAUUUCUGUGAACGGUAAUUUGCAGGACGACAGUGCGGACGAAGACGAAGGGCCGUCUGUGCUGACCCCGUUCUCUUUGCCGCCUAGCCGCAGUGGGUUGAGCAGGCUGAUGGAGCAGAGUCGGCAGGGGCACCUUCUGGGCCAGGGCUAUCAGCAUCGCCAGUGGGAUCACUAGACACAAUCUUUGAAGGUUUACGACGUAACGAGAGACGACUAGGUGUACGGGGAUAAUCGAAAAGA